AUGGAUCCAUAUGCACCAUUGGAUUAUUUGAAAUCUCGCGAUGAAAUUUUUUUCACUACUGAAGUAAUCUUCAGUAAUACAAUUCGAUCAAUGGUGAAUUUAAAUGAUGAAAUAAGCAAUGAAGAAUUAAUUUCUAAACGGAUACGGAAAUUAGGCAAGAUAUUGAUCGAAGAGCCAAUUAAAAUAACGCAAUAUAAUCAAAAUGAUCCAUUGAUACAUAAACAAGUACCAAUCUAG